AAUGAAGUUUGUCCAUGCUCAUUUGCCUUACCCAACGAGGUUCAAUGACAUUUCGGCUUUCAUAAGGAGAAAUAUUGAGCUUUGAAUAUAUAUAAAGCUCCAAGAAUGGCAUUAACGUAUGUUUUCAGAUCAAUCAGAACAGAGCUCUCAAAGGUCUGCACCGUUCAUCAUGCACAGUCUUUACACACAGGAUAUCCACUUCUUGCUGCAGAGAAAGCUCUCCUUAUGAAACUACGCAAAAGCACUGGCUACACAUUCAUUAACUGCAAGAAAGCAUUGGAGAAAUUUGAAAAUGACAUCACAAAGGCAGAGAGCUGGUUACAUGAGCAGGCCCAGAAAGAAGGCUGGAGCAAGGCCAGCAAGCUGGAGGGGAGGAGGGCCAAGGAGGGGCUGAUCGGUCUGUUUGUAGGAGACAAAGCUGCAGUCAUGGUAGAGGUGAACUGUGAGACAGACUUUGUUGCCCGUAAUGAGAAGUUCCAGCAGCUGGUGAAGGAUGUGGCGUUCGCCACCAUGGCUUACCACAGCAGUAAAAACAAGGGCCAAACUGGAUAUGUGAAGAGUCUCCUGGCAGCAGAGGACCUCUCUAAAUUGAACUUGGGUGAAGGUGCUUCUCUGGCUGAUCAGCUGGCCCUUACCAUAGGUCGUCUGGGUGAGAACAUGUCAGUGAGGCGGGCGGUGACGGUGGGCGUCCCUGCAGGUUGGCACAUCGGCUCCUACAUCCACGGUGGUGUGGCGGUCCAGUCUGAUAUGGCCAUGGGGCGAUACGGUGCCCUCGUGGUGUUCCAGGGGGGCAAGGACGGGGCGCAGGACACCCUGGGGAGGAAGCUGGGGCAGCACGUAGUGGGAGAGGCCCCCGUAUCCCUUGGCAACAUGGAUGACCUGCCCUGUGGGGACGCGGAGACGCGCCUGCUGCCCCAAUCUUUCCUCCCUGACCCUAGUAGGACAGUGGCCCAGUACCUGACGGAGCAGGGGGCACGAGUUCUUGACUUUGUUCGCUUUCAGUGUGGGGAGGCGGGCAGUGAUGGGGCACAGUGAAGGGUAGAGGAGAGCAUCUGAGACCUUACAAGUCAUGUUUUGUUAUCUGCCUUUUAUUUGUUUCUGAAUUAGGCCAGAGUGCAGACAGUCAAGUCGAUGUCAUGCAAAUGCAUUCAACCAAUUUCAAUGUUUUCAUGCCGUAUGUGAUAAGUCUAAUAUAUGUGUACCAAAAUGACAUAUGCUGCAGGAUGAAUGAACUGAAUCCCCCCAACAAUAAAGAUAUUUUAAACUUUA